AUGGCUGAAGAAUUAUUCUGUUGUUGCGACGGCGGCGAAGACUCUGGCAAGGACGUGAUGAUUGUAAAUACGGUCAUCACGAACCUGUUCACAAAACUGGGCUUGGCUAUGUUUAUUGCCCGCAUUCAAACGCUCAUCCUGGUCAAGAGAAACGGCAGCUGCAGAUGGCCCAUUCGCGUUGGCAGAAAGAACCAGGACCUUUUCACUGAGACCCAGAGCCGCCGUUUGGCCCUUGAAGAACGAGUGCUGGGACACGCAGGUCUUCCACACAUACUUGGCCAGCUCUUGUUCGCUAAAUACAAACCGGGCAGAAUCUUCCACCCGUUGGCACUCAAUCGUAAAUUCCUUCUUCUGGUUCACCAGACACCUUGUGAUCUCGUCAUGGAUGAGAUGUACAUCAGUGAUGUAAAACAUUACUCCGAGCAACAAAGCGAGCUUCUCGCGAUGCCGCUUCUUCAGUUUCCCAAACUUAUUUUCAGCGUGAUCCAAGCUCUGAAAGCAGAGCUCGUCGGUUUUGAAGAACUUCCAGAAUUUCUUCACGGCUCCCGUCUUCUCCACAUUCCCACGCUUCAUCACACACUCCAGUUUAAAAACACUGCCCUGGAAUUUCCCAAAAUACUCGCUUUCCAACAAAUCCCUGAACUCCAACACCUGGGUCCAGAAUCGACGCCACGCUUGCUUGUUGCCAUCUUGCGUCAGAUGAAUCAUGUGUUGAAUUAUCACAGAAAAAUUUCGCUCAGCUCGAACUUCAUCACUCGGGUCCCAACCACAAUCCAUCAAAGCCUGGUCAACGUCUGUAAUAGUGAAUGGUUCCAAAGGGCACGAGUUGUUGAUGUACGACAAUCGCCGAAAUCCAAAAAGCAAAUAAAAAUGGAAGUGCUCAACUUCGUCAAGUGGGAACCGGGACAAGCCAAUAAUCCAAGCUUCGCGGAACAAAGGGACGCAUUAAGGCCAGCUUCGUCCCAAGGACGCAGGAAAUUCGUGCGCAUCAAGAAACGCCAGGCGGGCAAGGCGCCCGCAAACGAGGCCUGCUGCCCACCUGCGGGUGCUGACGACGCAGACGCCACCGAUGCAGCAGUUGGUUUGCCGUUCACGAGCAGCUCAAUCGCUGGUACUGUCACAGGUGUUGCGAAGGCGAGGUCCAGGUUCCUAAAGCUCACAGACGGUUUUGACUAA